UCUUUUUACUCAUUUUAACACAUAAAUCUGCUUCCGGGUUUAUUUCUAUUUCUUUUAUUUACUUAUAUGGGUUUGUUUGGAUUUUUUCUUUGCAAAUUUUGUGGUUUGGUUUGAUCUGAUUUAAGGGUUUUCUUUCAUUUUUGUGUCUGUUCUUGCUGCAUGCACAUACAGUUGUUUGCUUUAUCUUAUUUUUGUGCCAUUUUUCUUGAAUGUGUAUUAAUGUUCCUUCAUAGUUUUAAUCUUAAAAAUUAACUGAAAUAUGGCAGUAUCCAUCAAAUGUUCUGACUACCUUAUAUAAUUAGAAGUUUGUUUAAGCAGCAACCAAAUUAAACAAGAAAAGGGUAAAGCAACAAAGGAAGGGGAAAAUGGAAACUACAGAUAACCACCUCACAAAAAAGAUUAAGAGAUGCUCGAGUGCCGAUAGAAUCAGUAAUUUGCCGAGUGACAUCAUAGACAAUAUUCUAACUUGUCUGCCGAUUAAAGAAGCAGUGAAAACUAGUGUCUUGUCCAAAAAAUGGAGGUUCAAGUGGAGAUAUCUUUCCAAAUUGGUAUUUGAUAACACUUUCUAUCAGAUACCAGGACAUCUUUUUCCUGAAAAACGUAGCAAACCCUUUUUUGAUAUGUAUAAGGUCCUAUUACUUCAUCGAGGACCCAUUUUCCAUUUUAGUCUUUGGAUUCACAAGUUGGAAAUUUAUCCUGAGAUUAACCAAUUGAUGCUUUAUUUGAGCGAGAAAGAUGUUCGAGAAAUUAUGUUAAGAGGUUAUUAUUUCGACAUAGUGCCAUCCUUUCUGUUCUCAUGUGUGACAUUGAGGAGCUUAACCUUACACUCAUGCAAGUUCAAAGUUCCACCAGCGUUUCAAGGGUUUGUGAAGUUGGUUUCUCUUUCGUUUGAGAGGGUUGAUUUUAAAACUGAUCUCUUCGAAACUUUCAUCUCCAAAUGUCCAUUACUUAAAAGACUUUCUCUAGUUGGAUGUACCAAAACUGGACAACCUUACGAACCAACCAAGCUUUUGGAAAGUGCGCCUAUGAUCGAGCACUUGCAUCUCGGAUCCGGCUAUGUGGAUUUCCUGCAAUAUGGAACUUUGUGGAGGAAACUUUCUCUUGGUUCUCUGAAAGUUCUUGAACUGCCUCGUGUAUAUAUAGUGUGUACGGAUCAUGUCUCUUCCGUUUUGAACUUGAUUGUGAGCUCUCCUAACUUAGAGAAGCUUGAUAUUGGGUUUGUUACGAUUAUGGAUGGCAUACAGGCUCUUGCUUCGGAACUUUUAAAAGUACAAGACCUUUUAGAUAAUGCACUGAAAAAGCUUCGAAUGGUGAAGCUGGAGCUCUCGGACACAAAAGAAGUAAAACCCGAUCUUGAAUUUAUUAAGUUUAUAUUGGCUGAAUCAGUAGUACUUGAAAAGAUGUACAUAGAGCCUGCCCAUGGAACAGUUGCUGAAGAUGGACUUCAGAUUUUGAAAGAGAUAGUUCGACUUCAACGUUCAUCAAAGAAAGCAGAAAUUUUAUACUUAGAUUGAUGAUGAUGGUGACUGUUGAUAUUGAUAGUAGCGAAGGCCAUGCUUAGGUUAGUAUGUUAAUUAUGUCUGAAAAUGGAUACUUCAGUUUUAGAAUUUCAUUUUCUCUUUUCAUCAAAACCAGCUCUGAAGUUUCAGAAUUAUGUGAAGUCUAUUUUGGAGUUGUAUAUGUUCAUAACACAAAUUCCUUUUUGAAGUGAAUGAGCAGGUACAAUUAAUGGCUCCC